AUGAAAACUGUAGUAUUAAACGCUAGUGUGAGUACUGAUACAUCUAAGUGGUAUGAAAAAUAUUCUAAAUUUUCAGCAAUUGUAAGAAUUUUAGCAUGGGUUCUAAGAUUUAUUAGAAGCUGUCAGGCAAAAUCUGUAAAUAGAGCAAAAUUCUUGUCUGCAGCCGAGUUAAAAGAUUCAAAAAACACUUUGAGUCUACUAGUUCAACGUGAAAGUUUUUCUCAGACUGGAGAUGUAAUAAAUGGUCUUUCAGUCGUCAGAGAUGAAAUAGGACUGAUAAGAGUGAAAACAAAGAUUCUCGCAAGAGAUGAUGAAUUUGGAUUUAAAUAUCCAAUUCUACUUCCGUCAAAGCAUCAUCAUAUUGUGCAAAGUCUAGUGCUCGAAUACCAUAAAAAGAAUUCUCAUGCCGGUGUUCAAAUGCUCAUGUCAAUGAUUAGAGAAGAAUAUUGGAUUAUUUCAGCUAGACAAACAAUUAGAUCAAUAAUCAAGAAAUGCAUUACCUGCAAGAGAUUCACAACACAAGUCACCUUCAACCAUACCUAUUCAUUUACCUUUAGACAGAGAAAAAGGACUAAAGCCUGGGUGGUGCUGUUUACAUGCGCAGUUCUACAGAGCAAUACAUUUGGAGAUCGUGACAUCCUUAAGUGCAGAUUGCUGUGCACUCGCGUUGAGAAGAUUCAUCGACGAGGCCGUCCGACAGUUAUCUAUAGUGACAACGGCACGAACUUUAUCGGUGUCUCUUGUGCAUUGAACCAAAUUGAGUGGCAAAAGAUAGCUGCUCUUGAAACUCUAAAUCCAAUUAACUGGAAAUUCAUUCCCCCAACCGCAGCAUGGUGGGGCGGUUGGUGGGAGAGACUAAUUCGCAUAGUGAAAAAUCUACUUGUUCGAGUUCUUGGUAAGUCGUCUGUUACGUAUGAGGAACUGCUCACAGUUCUUUGCGACGCAGAAGCCACCGUUAACAACCGCCCGUUAACAUACAUCUCCAACGAUGCAGAUGAGUUGAGGCCUCUAACACCAUCCAACUUUCUCCAAGAUGUAAAAGAGAUUGGAACGGCUGAUCUUGAUCAUUUGGAUAGGAACAAACUGGUAAAGAGAGAACGUUAUUGCCAAGAACUGCGUGAACAAUUCAGACGACGAUUCCGGAAAGAAUACUUAGGUCAGUUGGUGCAAAAAGCUACAUCUGACAAAAUUUUCAAAGUUGGAGAAGUGGUCCUUGUUGGUUCUGAAAACCAGAAGAGACUUAAUUGGCCACUUGCAGUAAUUGAAGAACUGUAUCCAGGGAGAGACGGCCAUGUGAGAGUCGUCAAAGUCAAAACUCCACUUGGUCAUCUCGUUCGUCCAGUCCAAAAAAUUUACCCUCUAGAAGUUAAUUCUUCUGGGGAUCCCAUUAUACCAGAUCAACAUACUACUAAUGACACACCAGCAACAUCACAGAAUGACAUUCCAAUUCAGAAAGAUGUUUCAGCAGCUCCUCGGACGUAA